AUUAACAUUCAAUUUUUGUGUAAAAUCUGUGAAAUUUGAACGAGUUUUAUUUGUAACAUGGAUUCAUUCUUUCUGAAGAAAGCACUCCGUCCGGUACUGUGUUGAUUCACUAGAGGGCACUAAUCCAAGGUAGCGGAUAGUAUGGGAACAACUUGCGAGAGGAGGCCAUUCACUAGCCUGUUUUAGCUACACACACCUAGCUACUCUUAGCUAGCCGGCGGCUAACCAGCGAGCUAAAACAUCAGUUUGUCUUAAUGUCGCCUGUCUUACCAAGUGAUGGCAAGAGAACAGUGUUCACAAAUCGAAGCUGAACUCUAUUACCUCAUUGCCAGAUUUCUGCAGUCUGGACCAUGUAAAAAAGCCGCAAAGAUCCUGAUCGAGGAGCUGGAGGAGUAUGAGUUGGUCCCGCAACGAUGGAGUUGGGACGGGAAGAAAUACAAACGGAACUUCCAAGAUUGGGUGGUGUUGAACCAGCACAUUCCUGCAGACUAUUUGCUCAGGAUUUGCCAGCGGAUAGGCCCACUUAUAGAAAAGGAGAUCCCACCUUGUGUUCCUGGAGUCCAGACACUUCUGGGGCUGGGAAGACAGUCCUUGCUUCGCACCAGCAAAAGUUGUAGCCACAAGGUAUGUAGUGGCUCAGCUGUCGCUGCACUCCACCGAGGACGUCCACCAGAACCUCCAGUGAGCAAUGGAAGUUCUCCUAAUGUUGUGUCCAUCAUGGGUGCUCGCCAGGCCACAGGCACAGGUCGUUUUGGCCAGGUUCUGCCGUCUUCCUCCUACCAACACAUGAAGAUACACAAACGUAUCCUUGGCCACCUUUCUUCAGUCUACUGUGUGGCCUUUGACCGUACCGGUCGUCGAAUAUUUACGGGUUCUGAUGAUUGCUUGGUAAAAAUCUGGGCCACAGAUGAUGGCCGGCUCCUGGCAACACUCCGCGGUCACUCAGCAGAGAUCUGUGACAUGGCUGUCAACCACGAGAACAGCCUCAUUGCUUCUGCCAGCUGUGACAAAGUCAUCAGAGUGUGGUGCUUACGCACCUGUGCGCCCAUCACUGUGCUGCAGGCUCAUGCUGCGUCUAUCACAUCCAUACAGUUUUGUCCAGCAGCUAGAGGAACAACUCGGUACCUGGCAUCAACUGGUGCAGACGGCAUGGUGUGUUUCUGGAAGUGGCAUUCGCUCACCAUGAAAUUUAAUGAUCAUCCAGUCAAGUUUAUGGAGCGUUCACGGCCCGGGGUGCAAGUCUCCACUUCAUCUUUCAGCAGUGGUGGCAUGUUCAUGGCUACUGGAGGCACUGAUCAUAUGAUCAGGGUCUACUAUCUUGGUGCUGAGUCUCCUAUGAAGGUUUCUGAGAUGGAUGCUCACACGGAUAAAGUCGUGGUCGUCCAGUUCAGCAAUAACAGUGACAGCCUAAGGUUCGUGAGCGGCAGUCGCGACGGUACGGUGAAGAUUUGGCAUUACCAGCAGCAGGAGUGGAAGAGCACCACUUUAGACAUGGCUGCAAGGCUUCCAGGGAGCACUGCCGCCACAGGGGACGACAAAGCUAAGUUGGUGGUGACUAUGGUUGCCUGGGACCGCACUGACAGCACCAUAAUCACAGCGGUGUCAAACUACCUGCUCAAAGUGUGGAGCACAUCCACAGGACAGCUGCUGCACAUUUUGUCUGGUCAUGACGACGAGGUGUUUGUGCUGGAGGCUCAUCCAUUUGACUCCCGCAUCAUGUUAUCUGCCGGCCACGAUGGCAACAUUUACAUCUGGGACCUAACCAAAGGAGUCAAGAUCCGCAAUUUCUUCAACAUGAUUGAGGGCCAAGGCCACGGUGCUAUUUUUGACUGCAAGUUCUCAGCAGAUGGGCAGCAUUUUGCCUGCACUGACUCACACGGCCAUUUGCUCAUCUUUGGUUUUGGCUGCAGCAGACCAUAUGAAAAGAUUCCCGACCAGAUGUUCUUCCACACGGACUAUCGCCCUCUUAUCCGUGACUCUAAUAACUAUGUCCUGGAUGAGCAGACGCAACAGGCGCCACACCUCAUGCCUCCACCCUUCCUUGUGGAUGUCGACGGGAAUCCUCAUCCUUCUCACUACCAGCGCCUGGUGCCUGGACGGGAGAACUGCAAGGAAGAGCAGCUAAUACCUCAGAUGGGAUACAUGGCUAACAAUGAUGGAGAGUUGGUUGAGCAGGUUCUUGGCCAGCAAACGGCAGAAAAUGGAGAAAGCCCAUUGGACAAUCUCAUCAGACAGCUGCAGAAUGAACAAGAUGAGCGUCAGAAUGCAGAGCGGGAGGCAGAAGGGGAAGAAGCUGGUGAAGGCGCAGAGGCGGUGCCCUCCUCUCCAGUUGUUGCACCUCGCAGAAGUGGGCAGGUGGAUGGGGUGUGGCAAAUGCAGCAUAACGCCCUUCCCAGUCAGGUGGCCACCGAGAGGGACCUGCUGGCCUGGAGCCGCAGAGUGGUGGUCAAUGAAGUGCUGCAGGGGAUAUUCAGAGUUUCAGAGGAGUGCAGACAAGCCAAAGGUGACAUUGAAUGUUCUCUAUACUACGCUGAGAGGAAGAAGAAACCAGUAACCUGUGCACCUAAGAGCGAUCUCUUGUCUUCACGCCUGCGCUCCCUGCGGCCCACGAAGAAAACUCAUAAGCGCCAUGCCUAUCAAACCCGGUCAGCUCAAAUCCGGCGUCCUGGAACCAGGAGUAGAAAUCCCAGCAACCGACGUACCUCUAACAGCCAGAUGGACUCGGAGAGUGAUGGAGAACAGGCAGAAGAACAGGUGGAGCAAACCGAUGCAUCUUCAGAUGGUGAUGCUCGGUGGCAGAGUGAAAGCAGCUCCAGCGAUUCCUCCAGUGAAUAUUCUGAUUGGACAGCGGAUGCUGGGAUCAAUUUGCAGCCGCCAAAGCGACCUACCAGGAGACCUGUACAGCCUCCAGAUUACAGCAGCUCUGAGGAAGAAGGAGAUAACGAAGCCAAGGAGGCAAGGACGAGGGAAAAAGAGAAGAGGAAGAAGAAGUCCAAGGAGACCAAACAAAAACCCACCUCCUCUCUGGGUGGACUUGAUGCGGAAGAGUGGCUGCCGCCAUCUUGGAUUAUGGAGACUGUCCCCCGCUGCUCUCCUUUUGUUCCACAAAUGGGAGAUGAACUCAUCUACUUCAAACAGGGCCAUCAGGCUUACGUCCGGGCUGUUCGCAGAGCUAAGGCUUACAGCAUCAACCCUCAGAAGCAGCCGUGGAACAGACUCAACCUCAGGGAUCAGGAAUCUGUGAAAGUGGUUGGAAUUAAGUAUGAAGUGGGACCUCCUACCCUCUGCUGCUUAAAAGUGGCGUUCUUGGACCCAGUCUCAGGGAAAAUGACCAAUGAGUCUUUCUCCUUAAAGUAUCAUGACAUGCCUGAUGUCAUUGAUUUUCUGGUACUGCAGCAGUUUUACAACGAGGCUAAAGAGCACAACUGGCAACCUGGCAUGAGGUUCCGCAGCAUCAUUGACGACGCCUGGUGGUUCGGCUCUGUGGAGGAUCAAGAGCCCCUGCAGCCAGAGUAUCCCGACAGCCUGUUUCAGUGCUACGCAGUAAAAUGGGAUAACGGUGAGCGGGAGAAAAUGAGUCCCUGGGAUAUGGAGCCUAUUCCUGAGGAAGCUGCUUUGCCAGAGCAGGUUGGUGAUGGUGUAGAGGUGGCAGAAGAGGAGCUGAAAGCUCUACUCUAUGAGCCUCAGGAAGGUGAAUGGGGGGCUCAUACACGAGAUGAAGAAUGUGAGCGAGUCAUUCAUGGCAUCGAUCAGCUUCUGACACUGGAUGUAGCCAAGGCGUUCGCAUUACCGGUAAAUUUGCAGGACUACCCUCUGUACUGCACCGUAGUGGCUUACCCCACUGACCUCAGCUCCAUCCGCACACGUCUGGAGAAUCGCUUUUACAGGCGGAUCUCUGCAUUAAUGUGGGAGGUGCGUUACAUCGAACACAAUGCCCGCACUUUCAAUGAACCUCAAAGCCCCAUUGUAGCAGCUGCCAAGGUGGUGACUGAUGUUCUCCUUCAUUAUAUCGGGGACCAAAGUUGCAUCGAUGUCUUGGAUCUGUAUCGUAAACUGAAGUCUGAAGUCAGCAGUGAAGCUGAGGUUGACUUGGACGUAGAUUCAGACACUCCAGGAACAUCUACAGGACACCGGGGAGGCACUGCAAAUUCUAAGAAGCGUGGUGUGGUUCUGGAUCCGAAAGCCUGGCGAGGUCAAUGUCGAGAGCUGUUGCGUCGAAUGACAGCUUCCACGAAUUCCGAACCUUUCAGGCAGCCUGUGGAUCUCUUUGAAUAUCCGGACUAUCGAGACAUCAUUGACACUCCCAUGGAUCUGGGUACAGUGUCAGAGACCCUGGCAGUAGGAAAUUAUGAAAAUCCCAUGGAGUUUUCCAAAGACAUCCGCCUCAUUUUCAGCAACUCUAAAGCAUACACUCCUAACAAGAAGUCACAGAUCUAUACCAUGACCCUCAGCUUGUCGGCCUUCUUUGAAAAACACAUCAUCUCCAUCAUUUCUGACUACAAGUCUGCCAUUCAGAACGAACGGCGGGCUCGUCAACAUCUCACUUACAGGAACAGAUUGCACAACGGAGGCAGCUCGCCACCUAAUAGUCCAUCCCACAGCUCAAAAGGAAAGCACAAGUCAGGGAAGGCAUCAAAGCCAAAAAAAUCCCAAACCUCAACAAAGAAUCGUUCUCAGAGAUCACAUAAAGCUCAGCAAAGCGGUAAUGUAGCAGAGGAAGAGGACGUCCAGCCUUCUUCCCCAACUUCAGGGACGAGUGUCAGGAGCAGAAAUCAAGGACCACAUCGGGUGACCCGCAGCCAAGCAACUCCCGUGAAGAAAUCAGGUCACCAGAAUAACUUGCACCUAAGUAACGGCUCCAGACAACGGCACUUGCGAGAAACGUCGCAGUCCGACGAUGAAGAGGAGGCGUCAGGAUCCAACAGCUCCUCGUUGGAGUCGUCCUCCACCUCGUCGUCAUCAUCAUCAUCAUCAUCAUCCUCCUCCUCCUCCUCAUCGUCGGACAGCGACAACAGCUCUGACUCUGAGGUGGAAAAGUACGUGGAGGGAGGAGGAGAUCACGACUACAGCAAAGCCCCCUGCCUGUCAGUACGCCUCUCAGCUAAGGGUAAGGUGGCAGCCUCAGAAAAGAGGAGACACAAAGGAGGAGAGGACACAGAGGCACAGGGACCUAAACGAGCACGACUGCAGCUUGAGGUAGAGGAGCAGCAGGAUGAGGAGGAGGAGGAGGAAGAGGAGGAAGAAGAAGAAGAAGAGGAGGAAGAAGAAGAAGAGGAGGAAGAAGAGGAAGAGGAGGAGCCAGAGGACGAGGAUGAUAACAACUCUGAGGUGCAGACACGAGCAGCAGCAGCUCCAGCAGCAGCUAGCAGCCAGAGAGGCAGCCAGUGUAAGUCUCGGCGGGUCAACACACGAAACCAGGGCCGCAGGACAGUUCGAUACGGAGACGACUCGGAGGAUGAUGGCCAUGGGUCGAAAGACGACCCUCUAAACCUGGGCAUGUCCCGCUCAGGACGGGUACGCCGUAUGACUGAGAAAGCUCGUGUCAGCCACCUUAUGGGCUGGAGUCACUGACACGUCGCCCCUCACCCAUCCCCUUUUUUCCAAACCUCAAUGAAAGAACUGUAAAACAUGAGUAACACAUCAGGGAUUAUUCUUUUUCUUUUUAUACAAAUUUGUGUGUGUGUAUAUAUAAUAUAUAAAUAUGAUUUCUCUUUUUAUCUAAAGACUGAUUAUGACUCUCAAACUGAUAGCCGGUGCUCAUAAAAUGUUGCCACGGAUUUUUUUUCUUCCCUGGUCAACAGAGCUUCUGUUCAACACGGACCCUCUCCAACUGGAUUAACUCACCUCGGCCUUACUGCUUCUCUGGAAGAGCCCUUACGACAUGGCUCUGGUCUUCUUCCUCCUCAUCCUGUGGUUUCACGUCCAGAACUUUAAACACUAUAUAAAUUCCCCUUCUUCCCUCCAGCAACCUUUCUUGCUCCUGGUCGCCAAAGAAGGAUGUGGAGAUGCCAAAAAAAUGGUGCUCAUCUGUAGUUUUGUUUUGUUUAAUUUUAUUUCUUUUUCACUUAGUAAAUCAAAACUGUUGUGGUAGUGGUCACAGCCACAGGUGCAGAAUCACUUAAGGUAUCUGAUGUCAACCUUUCUCGUUUGCAGCACAGACUUCCAUCUGAUUGUGCUCUCCUCAACUGAGGACUAGCAAUAUUAGGAAGAAGUGGGUAAAAUAAAAUGGCAACACGCUCUUACCCCAGGGCAUAAAAUACUGCUGUUGUUCUUGGCUUUGUACAGAUGUUGUCUUGAGAUGGGGUUAUGUCACAUUUGGGUGCUUCAUUGUAUUUCACUUUGUUUUCUUUCAGUUUUUACUUGCUGGUGAGAUUUGAACACCAAAAACUGCUUGGUUAGGAAAAAGAUUGUUGUUUACACCUGCUUGUUGAAGAAGAAAAGUUUACCUGCUGUGUUUAAAUGCGACUCCAAGCGGUCCAUAAGACCCAAACUGUUUUGUAUUUGAGUGGUAGACUGGUUUCUAUAACCAAUCACUACACUGUCUCCACCUCUUUGCAUUUCUUUGAGACACUGGUGGUUUUGACACAACAGCAGUAUUUGACGCCCUGGGAGCAGACGGAGAAUAGAUUACCAUAGUAAUAUCCCUUUCAAUGUCCUUGGUCUGUGAAUGUGAAAGGAAAUGUCUUUCCCCAGCUUCUUCUUGCUUGGGUCUUCUCUUCAGCACUGUUAUUUAGAUAGAGUUGGGUGCUGUUUUUAAAGGGUAAAGGUGGUGUAUUCUUUCUUUCGGGGGUAACAAAGCCACUGUUUUUAGUGCUGUUGUACUCUGAGUGAUCAGACCUGCAAAUAUUCAUGGUUAUUUCCGCAGCUCCUUCUCUACCCAGCCUGUGCAAAAGCAAAGGAAUGCCCUGGCCAGCUCUCUUCCACAGAAAUAUUUAUUUUUCCAUUGCAUUAUACUCGGGUUACUUUAUCUAUUUCAUACUUUAUUAGUGAUGAGGAAAAAGGAAAUAUUUGCACAUUUAUCUCCUCCAUGUGGCAGCUGAGUAAUAAAGAUAUUAGAGAAAUAAGAUGAAACCUCAUUUUUGUGUAAGAAUGUUUGAACUGUGCCAGCGGCACUUUCGAUUCAGCCUCCCCCCCCCCCCUUUUUAUUUUUUAUUUUUUUAGGUUUAUAAAUAUAAGUAGAAAUCUUUUUCAACCUGUGCAUGAUUAAACUGAAGGUCUCAUCUGAUUGCGCUUUCUUCUGGUUAACAGCAGAAGUAUCAUCCUUGGAUGACCUUUUCUUCUCUUUGUAGCCUGAUGGGUUUCAAACUUUGAUAGUAGAUCAACUGCACACAUGAUGGCUUUCUCCAUCACUCUAUACAAUCACUGUCUCCCUACAUGACCUACAUUCUCAUAUCAACACUGGAUGCUAUGAUUCAGACACACCUUCUCACCCCUCCGUCACUGAGGAGAGAGGCAGGCCUCCGAAGUUAUUGUAAAGCUCGGUUAGUGACAGAUUCUGAGAGACGAAACACAAAUCGGCGUCUAAAAUCAGGUGUGCUGAGCAGCAGCAUUAACUGGUGUCUUGGAAUUCCUAUGGCUCAGUGUGGGAAGACUAUUCUUAUUUUGAUACAGUAUUUUGAUACAGUAGAUGACGCUUAGUCUUGCCUCAAAGCAUCAGAUUAGUCAACAAAGACAACGUUCUCCCAUAGGUUGAAUAAGCUUAAUGUGUUUUUUAUAAUGUUUUAAUUGUGUUUUGUUUUUUUUAAUAAAAAAGAAAAUUAACUUCUCUCAGAA